GAGUUUCGGAAUAGGUUCACGAUUUGAAUGUUCGGGCAUCUGUAGAAUGCUUUCGUCGAAGAAUGUUCCUUGCAACUGAGAGGCAUUCGGAUUCCACCUGGGCAAUCGCAUUGGAGGACGUAGCCGAGCUGAAAGAUUCCUUCAAAUGCAACAGCUUUUCAUCUGAUCAGAUUUUCUUUUUAUCCUCUCUUCGUUCAGAUACACAAAUGUCAAGCCCUUGAAGUAUCACGGCCUCUCUCACGUACCGAGUCUUGCUAAGUAGUUUGGGUCUGAGCGAUAAAGAUGCGUCUUCUCCACACCACAUCUCUCAAGCUUUCUGAAUUCUUUGGCGCCAAAAUUCCUCCGUAUGCGAUCCUUUCGCACCGUUGGGGCGAUUCCGAAGUUACCUUUCAAGAUCUUCAAAAUGGGAAGGUUUUCGAGAAUCCUAGUUCGGAAAAACUUAUAGGCUGCUGCAAGAGGGCGAAAGAAGACGGUUAUGAAUUUGUCUGGAUCGAUUCCUGCUGUAUUGAUAAAACCAGUAGUGCUGAGCUUUCUGAAGCAAUCAAUUCCAUGUUUCAGUGGUAUCAAAAUUCACAGCUCUGUUACGCUUACCUGUCUGAUGUCUAUUCUGUACCAUCAUUACAAAACCCCGAGCCUAUGGAAUCAGAUAUCCGGAAAAGUAAAUGGUUCACAAGGGGUUGGACACUUCAAGAACUUCUAGCCCCGCAACAAGUCACCUUCUUCGAUCACAACUGGUUCGAGAUUGGAACAAAGGACAGCCUACAAACCGUCAUAUCCUCAAUUACUGGAAUCAAGCAUCUGUUCCAUUUCAGGAGAGCCAGUAUCGCCCAAAAGAUGUCAUGGGCUUCCAAUCGAGAAACGUUGAGAUCUGAGGACAUGGCAUAUUGUUUGAUGGGAUUGUUCGGAGUCAACAUGCCACUUCUUUAUGGAGAAGGUGACGCGGCAUUCAUUCGACUGCAAAUAGAAAUUAUGAGAAUAUCGGACGACGAGUCGAUUUUUGCUUGGACUCAAUUUGUUCCU